CACCCCGGCGCGGCCGUCAGUACAGAGGUGUCCGCGGGCGAGGCGGCACGUGCGGUGCACGCCUCGCUUCAUUGUUUUGGCUGUGUACACCAUUGUUUUAUUCCAUCCGACUGCAAUCAAUACGAUAUUUCAGUGGAAUACGACGGGCUGCAUUAUUCAUCAAGAUAGUGCUGAAACGUGCAACGACAAUAAAGGUCUUAUCUUCACAGAUAAGAACUCGGUGGCUUAUUGACAAGUGAAACUCUUGAUCGUCCCAUUCAUAUAGGACGGUGUCGUUUGUGUUUUGUUAUUGGACCAUAAAUAUAGUGUAGUGAUCUCUGCUGUAAGAGUAGCAUGCAAAUCAAUAAUCAAGUGGAUGCCCAACUGCGAGCAGCAAAGAGCUCUUGCCGUGUGGCUUAUAACACGGUUGCAUAUUGAUUGGUCCAACCGGGAUCUCUGGAAACUGUCGUCCCAUUACGAUCUCCACAAAUAACGACCUAAUAUUGAUAACAUAUAUUAUGUUGCUGAUGUAGACGAGUCGGAAAAACACGGACCUACCUACAACUACGCGGACUAAGAAACUACUGUUUUCUUUUAAGACGUUUCACCUUAUGCUCAUCAUGUUGCGGCCAGACGAAAGCAUCAGAUAGUCGGCCGGUUGCAACGCAGCAUGGGUGCAAAUAUGGGCAAGAACUCGAGCCUGCUCGACGCGCUGCCCUCCACCCAGGGCACACUCCACGUCGUCAUGCUCGGCCUGGACUCAGCCGGCAAAACCACGGCGCUCUACAGGCUCAAGUUUGACCAAUACCUGAACACCGUCCCGACUAUAGGCUUUAAUUGUGAGAAGGUCAAAGGCACAAUCGGAAAGUCUAAGGGUGUCAAUUUCCUUGUGUGGGAUGUCGGCGGACAGGAAAAGCUCCGGCCGCUAUGGAAAUCAUACACGCGAUGCACGGAUGGCAUAAUUUUUGUUCUAGAUUCCGUUGACAUCGAGAGAAUGGAAGAAGCUAAAAUGGAGCUGAUACGUACAGCUAAAUCACCAGACAAUACAGGCGUUCCAAUUCUGGUACUCGCAAAUAAACAAGAUUUGCCAGGCGCAAAGGAACCGCGAGAAUUGGAGAAGCUGUUAGGUUUACAUGAACUAGUCUCGUCGCCGCACGGGUCCCGUGACGCACACUCGUGGCAUGUGCAACCUGCUUGUGCCAUUACCGGGGAAGGAUUGCACGAGGGCCUCGAAGCACUGUACGAGAUGAUACUUAAGAGGAGAAAACUAGCCAAGCUGCAGAAAAAACGAGUGAGAUAAAUGACUCUACGUCAUAAUCUAAAUGAUAAAUAUUAGUCAGGAGACGUAAGAGAGUAAAAUAAAAAUAAUGCUCAUGGGAUGGAUAUUAGUAGAGUCCUCGAUCGAACACCAAAUAUUGUUUUUAAUAUAGGUUUAUAACGUCUUAUGAAGAUAUUCCAUCAUAGUGUUGCUCAAAUUUACAUUUUGAAGGAAACUAAUAUUUUGAUAAAUUGGUUUUACCGCUAGUCAUUUUCUUUUGAAAAUAGCUAGAGGAUGAAAUAUUAACAAUGACGACGCUAUGUUACAAAAACACUUUAACAAUAGUAGUACAUAGUUACAACUGAGUUUCUUUAGUUAAGUUCUUACAAUACAUGGGGAAUCAAAUCACUAUAUCAACAACGAUAAAACAUGGAAUGAAUUUUAAGCAAAAUGCAAAUCUUUUAAAACUUUAUGAUAUAACUUCCUUUUGAUCCUUUUGUUUCUAUUUGAUUAUUAUUAUACUAAUAAUAAUAAUCAGAUAGUAAAGUAAGCCUUUUAACUAGGUACUUUGUACCUACUUAUCCGUGUAAUCACGUGUAAUAUGAAAUCAUUUUUAACUUCUUUUGGGCAAUCUAUUCUGAAAUAUAAUUCAUGGCAUAAAAUGAAACAUAAUAAAUGUACUUUUUUCCUAACUCCGACUCCUUGUAUAUAACCACUGUAAAUAUAUUUUAGUACCUGUAAUUACUUAAAAAAUUCUGGAUUCUGUCUAUUGCAUUGGAAAUUACUCUACCUACUUCUAAAAAAUGAAAAUUUCUUAUUAAAGAAUUGCAUUUGAUAUUACAUUUUCUUCAGUAUAAAUGAAAAAAGAGAAAAUAUGAAACAUCACGGCCGAAAGUACACGAUACAUUAUCGUUUCAUGUUUAUUGAUAGCGAUAAAUUAAUAAUUAGGUAUUUAUUUAUUUACUCGUAGAUAUAACUUAGAAUAAAUAUAACCAAUGUAUUGAACUAAUUAAGCUUUUACCAGAAUGUUUAUGUUACUUACCUUGUAAAUAUGUAAAUUCCAAAUGUGUAGUUAUUCGUCAAUACCAAGAUACCAAACAUUUAUAUGAGUAGGUAAACUAUUUACCUUUUGUUAUUAUAUUUGUUUUAAUAAAAUCAUUAACGCUAUUGUAAUUGUAUUGUGUUUAAUGGUGAUCCAUAAAUGUUAUUUUUAAUGAAUCCCCGUAAUAAAGUCUGUUUUCAAUAUA